ACUGGCUCCUCCGUCUCGUGCGGUCUAACGCUCUUUCCUCAGAAACUCUAAUUUGUUUGUUACCACCUGCCGUGCACCGUCUACAACAGUGUAAUGGCAGGUUGGGCAGCUGCUGCCUCCAGGUUGACAGAGACAUCUGACUAUAAACAUACGCUCAGCCCUGCAGGCAACUAAGCUUCCACCAGCUCUGCUACAACUCCGAAUCCAAAACCACAGUUAUCAGAGAAAAUGGACCCAAACUCCGACAGAACGGGGAAGAAGCUCUUCCACCUGAGACUCCUUCUCCCUAGAUGCCACUAAACCCUCUAUUCACAACCUCAUCUCAUGCCUGGGAUUCAGCAGCUAACUGUUAACUUUCGGACAAAUGUUUGCUGAAGCCGUGCGCCUGAAGGAGCACUGAAAAGACAAAAAAGAAAAGUGACCUUAGCUGUCGACUGCAAGCAGUUUGCGUGUCUGUGGUUAGGUCUGUAAUCAUGGGGAAAGAACAGGAUCUGCUGGUGGCAGUGAAGAGUGGGGAUCUUCUGGUGGCCCACAAGCUUCUCUCCAAAGUCAAGUGCAACAAAACCAAGUUGCUGGGCUCCACAAAAAGGCUCAACAUCAACUACCAAGAUGCAGACGGCUUCUCAGCACUUCACCAUGCCGCUCUGACGGGCACCACAGAGCUGCUGUCUCUGCUGCUGGAGGCCCAGGCCACGGUGGAUAUCAAGGACAUCAACGGCAUGCGUCCCCUCCACUAUGCCGCAUGGCAGGGUAAAGCCGACUCCGUCUUAUUGUUGCUGAGAGCCGGCGCUUCAGUCAACUCCCCUUCCCUCGAUGGACAGAUACCAUUACAUCUCUCUGCUCAGUACGGACAUUACGAGGUGUCUGAGAUGCUGCUGCAGCACCAGUCUAAUCCCUGCUUCAUGAACAAGGCGAAGAAGACCCCUCUAGAUUUGGCCUGUGAGUUUGGGAGACUGAAGGUGGCUCAGUUGCUGCUGAGCAGUAACAUGGUGGCAGCGCUGUUAGAAGGGGAGGGAGGGCACGACAGCCUGGACUCUCCAUCCACGACCCCCCUCCACCUGGCAGCCAGGAAUGGACACAAGGACAUCAUCAAGUUGCUGCUCAAAGCCGGUAUUGACAUCAACAGAGCCACCAAAGCGGGAACGUCUCUGCAUGAAGCUGCCCUCUAUGGCAAAACGGAAGUAGUGCGGCUGCUGCUUGAGGCGGGCAUCAAUGUGAACAUGCGCAAUACCUACAAUCAGACAGCUCUGGAUAUUGUCAACCAGUUCACCACUUCCACAGCCAGCAGGGAAAUCAAACAGCUGCUCAGAGAGGCAUCAAGUUCUCUCCAGGUCAGGGCGGUGAAGGAUUACUGGAAUCUCCACGACCCCACCGCCCUUAACCUCCGGGCUGGAGACCUCAUUAUGGUCCUGGAGCAGCACUCAGACGGCCGGUGGAAGGGUCACGUCCACGACACUCAGCGGGGCACGGACCGGGUGGGCUUCUUCCCCCCGUCAGUGGUUGAGGUCCUCAGCAGACGAGCAGGGGGCACGCUCUCCCGCCAAGCGUCAAUGCCUUGCCAACGACAGCACUUUGCGUCCAGAGCUCCUUCCUCAAGCCAUGGCCCCACCCCUCAGACUGACGACUCAUACACCCUUGGCUAUGAUCCCUCAGGUGCUCCACCUGGCAGUCAGCUCACAGCCCCAGCUAGUCCUGCUAGCCCCACUCAGGACAUUUGGGUCCUCAGGAGUUCUCCCACUGGUGACAGAAACAGUGUUGGCAGUGCCGGAAGUGUGGGCAGCAGUCGCAGUGCUGGUAGUGGUCAGAGCUCUGAAAGCAGCCAGAAACAGAACGGGAAUCAAAAUCGCCACAACACUGACACUGGCAAGCUGGCUCCCUCUCCUGGUGAUCCAGGGGACCAUCUCCACAUUGCAGGAGCGGACCACAGCAAGCCGGCGGAUGGAUCCACAGGUGGUUCCCGUCGGCAGGUCAAUGGCACUCCUCAGAAAGGCUUCAUUAGGCCAGAACAGCUUCUGGAGGGCAAGGACGCUGAGGCCAUCUACCAGUGGCUGUGUGAGUUCCAGCUGGAGCAGUACACAUCCAACUUCAUCAACGCAGGAUAUGAUGUGCCCACCAUCAGCAGGAUGACCCCUGAGGACCUGACUGCAAUCGGAGUGACCAAACCUGGCCACAGAAAGAAGAUCUCAAUGGAGAUCGGCAAGCUGAGUAUCCCUGAGUGGCUGCCUGAUUACAUUCCUUCGGACCUGGGGGAGUGGCUGAGUGUGAUUGGACUUCCUCAGUACCACAAGAGACUGUGUGACAAUGGCUACGACUCUAUCACUAUUGUCAAAGACAUCACCUGGGAGGACCUGCAGGAGAUAGGCAUCACCAAACUAGGCCAUCAGAAGAAGCUAAUGAUAGCAGUGAAGAGACUUUGUGACCUUCAGCGCUCUCGUAACAAUGCCGACCGAGCUGGAGGUGGGACUCUCAGAAGGAAGCCCCCCGCGGCUUUGGAGCUGGUGGCUAUUGAGCACACACCAACACACAACGUGCACACUCACACUCACUCUGACGUUCCACCCGACAACUGCUGCCCCUCCCCUCGCACGCCCAGGGCCCUCCUCUCCUUCCAGGACAGCGAGCUGAGCGCUGAGCUGCAGAGCGCUAUGAUGGGCAGAGCAGGAGGAGGAGGAGCCGCAGAGGCAUUUGGCAUAAGGGGCGUGACCUCUGCAGCAGCUAUAUCUGCCAUGUCGGUCAGUCAGGAGAGCAUUGGUAUGCGGUCACGUGGCUCAGGGAAUUCUGGGAAUUCUGGACAUUCAAAUUCAGGAUAUUCUCACGAGCCACAAGGCACACCGUCUUCAGCCAGAACAUCCAGCCGGUCUGAGGAGAGUGUGGGGUGUGGAGGAGGGGAGGAGGCCAAGCGUGGAGGAACUAGUCCUGGAGGCAGAAAUAGACAGAGACCCACAGAGAUGUGGGAGCACCAGAGCCGGUCUGCGACUCCCAACAAACUCCCCUUCUCCCCCCUCACACCUCCGCUAACCCCUAGUAAAAUGCCUCGCUUCGCCUACCCAGCGGUCCCACCCAAAGCCAAACACUUCCAGUCUCCUAACCGACUCUAUCAGCCGCAGCACCACCCACCCUCCUCCCCGUCCUCUACAUCUCCACAGCCUUCCCCAACCCAAAAGGCCUUCAGUUACAUCCAGGCUCACGCAGGAGGCAUCAAUGGGGCUCCACGGGUGCUCCCUAAGCCUCUGCCUGGAGCUGUCCCUCUUCUAGGACCCCGUCCUGGACAGGCCCCAGUUGAUGACAGCCAGAGGGGCCUGCACAAGAAGUUCUCCCAAAGCCUGACUCGCUACGCCAUGUCUGAUGGCGAGCCAGAUGAAGACGACGACCUCGCUGUCCCCUGCAGCUCUCUUUCCUCAGCAGUCAUGCCCUCCUAUGCCACCUUGUCGCGCAGGCCGGGACGUGGGCACACCAGCGCCACAGGUGCCCAACGCCACAUCAACCGCAGCCAUUCCUUUGCCGUGCGCUCCCGACGCAAAGGCCCACCCCCGCCGCCACCUAAGAGGAUGAGCUCGGUAAGCGGCAGCCCGACACGACAAGUGGGAAACGGGAAAGUGGUGGAGCCAGAGGUGAAGGGCGGGGUGGAGGUGGAGAGCGCAGGCAGCGUGAGGAGUAUUGCAGCCAGGCUAGAGGGAAGCAGCAGCAGCAGCAGUCCAUCCAGGAGGAUAGAUAUUCCACCGACCCAAAUCCCUGUUUCACCUGUUUUCAGCCCCGUUUCCUCCCCGAUUCUACAUGGAAUUCCUUCUCACAUCAUCCUACAGCACUCCAAACCUGUCCCCGCCUUGGGCCUUGGUGGUUUAAGGAGGACAGGAAGUGAGAGGACAGAAGGAGACACUGACAUACAAAGAAGUGGGGGUACAGGUGGAACGCCUGAAGAGAAAGAGAAAGCAAGAAAAGGUGAAAGAACAUCAAAGAGUUCUGCUCAGUCUCCAAAGCACAGCUCUUGUGACCAUCUGCCUUUUGCUGAGGAGGGCAACCUCACCAUCAAACAGAGACCCAGGAUGGCAGUUGCCACCCAGGCAGAGGCUGAAGUUAAGACUCCUCCAGAGCCCCCAAACAUCCUGGAGCUCCCAGAGUUCAAUCUGAAAGAGUCUGACACAGUGAAGAGACGACACAAACCCAAAGACAAAGAUGCAAGCUUACCUGAGGAGGCUUCUACACCCAGCAGAGACGACAGCCACCCGCAAACCACAAACCACAAUGGAAACACACACGACGAUGCCAAGACACCGAGCAACGAGGAACCUCAGAGAAAUGUUUUCCAGAGAGUAGGCUCCAUGGGAAAAGGCCCGAAGCCUCUGGUGUCCUCAAAACCAUCCAGUCCUCUCAAACAACCCUUAUACAACAGCAGACCAACAACCCCACAGAAGACGCCUCCUCCAGUACAAGCCAGUGCACAAACAGCCAUUCCUAAACUAACCAGUGUACAGAUUCACACAGUUUCACCGAAGCUGGGCGGCAGCAUACACACACAGACGUGUGCACCCAGUCCGAAACCUGUGAAACACCCACAGACAUUGAUGCCCAAGCCCGAGAGUCCACAGAAAGCUGCUGGUGUGUCAGCAUCAAGACUCCCUCAGCUCAGCUCGCCAUCAGCAGCAGGACUGAAUGUCCAGAGUGUCGCGUUCGCUGCUCCAUCCUCUCCAGUGCAGUCAGCACUGUCGGGCCAGGCAGGGAAAGCAGGAACUCCCCAGGCGGGUGUGGCUGGUCUGGAGGUGUUGGCUCAGAAAAGGCUGGAGCAAACCAGUACGUCACUGGAGGCUGCUCUCAAAGUGGUGGAGAACAAACUGGCACAGGGGGGCAGCGUGGACGGCGGCAGCAGCACCGUGAAGGCUGCAGGAAAUAUCCUGGAUGACAUCAGCAACAUGUUCGAUGAUCUGGCUGACCAGCUGGACGCCAUGUUGGAGUGACUUCUCAGCGUCUGUUCUGAAGGGCGCGGAAAGAAAUGAAAACUGAGACUCAGACACCAGCGAGCAGGUGCUCACCCUCUGACGCUGGUAAGAAGAAAGACUCAGAUAAGCUCAGAACGUCCACAGGAGUCCGGAUGAAUCAUUGAGGAUUUCCUGAAAACGUUUCCUCAAUAUUUUCCAGUUUUUCCUCAACACGAGCACUUCAGCAAAAACAAAAAGCACCUGCAAGACCAGCUACCAGAUGUGUCUGUGUAUGUGUGUCUUCAGGACUUUAUAACUAAAGGGAAUGAGGGUCCAUUUUAUUCCUGUUACCUGUAAAUGUGUAGAAAAGUCUAUGGUGGCACUGUGUGUGUGUGUAGUCAGAUAUAUUUGUACUGAAUAUAUUUAUACUUCUAUAUGUGUGUUUUUUAACAAAUGGAGUUCCUAUUGACUGAUCCACAGUUUGAAUCCUUCUGGUGUAUAUUAGCAUCACUGUGUUCCAUUGCUGCUUAUUGUCUAUAACAUGGGGAAAUAUUGUUUAUUGUAUUAAAAGCAGAAUAUAUUCAUAUGUAUGUAUGAGAUUUGAUCUGACAUGUUUUUCACCAAAGUCUUUUAUCCUGUUCAGCAGGUUUCGGUCAGUACCAAGUCAGGAACCAUCCGUUCUUUAAAGCGCUGUUAAUGUGAGUGGAAACACACGUUUCUCAGUUCUGGUAUGUCUGUGGAGCUCAGCCCACCUCCCACGAACAGAUUGCAAGGUCUCACAGCUCGCCUCAGGGUGCUAUGAAGUGAAUUUACUGUAGUAAACGCACUGUACCGUGCUGUGUCCAAAGAAAGGGACGUGCAUUUAAAGCUUUCAGCAGUGACCUCUUACACAGCAUUUCAAGUAAGGUCAACUUCUGUGAAAGAGCAUGUUAAUUAUAUUUUGUAACAGAUGCUACAUCGAUCUCCGUGGUUUGCAGAUUUGACAGUGCAAAGCAUGAUGGGGUCUGUAGUCUGCCACCAGAAUAGUUAGUCAGUAUAUAUAUGGAUACAUUUGAGAAAAGCUGUUAUGAAGUGGUGAAAUUCAGAUUGCAUUAAUAUUACACUUCCCAACUGAUAUUUUUAGUUCCCUGUUUAAAGUUGAAUUGCAAAGUGUAUUUUUAAAAGGCUUUCGCCAAAUGAAACAGUUUGUGUCUGGAUGAGAUAAUUAAAACAUCAUUUAGAGGCAGAACAGAGAGAUUAGAAUUAAUAAUUGCCAAGCAUAAUAAUAUUUCUAUUUUGAAUUUUAUAAUACUGCAUUUAAAUUAUUUUGGCACUCUCCUCUAGACCCCAUUAAGGAUCACUAAGCAGUAACUGCUCUGCUCAGUCUGGAUCUGUUGUAUAUGACUGACAUUGAAUCCAGAGAUAAGUUGAACUUGUUUCAUUAGACCUACUAUAUGAGCCACUGUUACCUGACUGUUCCUCUGCAACUUUAUUUUACUAUUUCACUUUCAUUUACUGAUCCUUCUCAUCUUUAUGCACCUUACAGACAAAAAGAUGUUUUUAUUGUUAAUUCACCUGACUCCACUAUCAGUCGCUGGCUUAAUGCCAUUAUGCUGAUUGUGUGGUUGAAUGCUUGUUUGUGAGCAUCCUCUUUCAGUAAGGCCAGUAAAGAAAACCAUUAUCUAUAGUCACCUUUAAUCCUUUAUUCUUUUUUUUUUUUAAACAGCACUCAUUAAUUCCUUCCCAAACUUCCACUGGGAGAAGAUUUGGGCGUACUGUAACAUGAUCAGGGAGUUGGCAUGUUUUUAAGUUGCAAAGCAAUUUGACAUCAGUACUUAAAUGUUUCUCUGUUCAGGUUUGAUGUUACGUUUAUUCAUAUUUCCACUGAAUUCUGUAUCAUUAAAAUGAGAAUUUGU